AUGUUUGUUGCUCGGCCGAGUAGAAAGUCGUACCCGAUCGGUCUGGGGCAGGGACUCAUGAAGCUGCUCAACUUUAGCAACAUACUCGCGAGCGAAAAUAGGGCGCCAAAGCUCCAGUUGGCGCAUUGGAAUACGGUCGUCAAGGACUUUUUCACGCCCGAGGCGGCGUUCAAGCUGACGCUGUGGAAGGACAACCAGCGAAACGAGGCGAAGCCCUUCGAGAUCGGCCUGCCGAUCCUCCCGCGCUUCUUCCUCGUGACCCACCAGUCCGGCGUCAAGUGCAUGAACCUCUGCCUCGACGGCGCGCGAGAGCGGCUGCUCGCCCAGGGCCACGCCGUGAUCGAGUGCGUGACCGCGAUCUGGACGUACCACUACAACAACGGGUACACGGUCACGCUCCGCGGCCCGCUCACCGCGCACGUCGUCGUC